AAAAAUAUUCUGUUUGUGAAAUCUGUGACAAAUUUAUUAUAAAUUUAUCUAAAGUUUUAUAACAAAAACUUCAGUGAUAUCUUGAUUUAAAACAAAUUUUUAAAAAAUGAAUAAUUUAUUGUUUAGUAAGUCAUUAGUCAUAACUAAUCUGUUAUUUCUGUGUUUUCUGAUGAGUCGGGCGUCUGAACAACAACUUUGCGAAGAUAUCAAAGAGAACUACCAAUUGAUUGAAGCAUUUCAUUACAAGAAAGAUCUGAUUAUUGAAAUAACAAAAAAGCCGAUUCAAACAAAUGGAGACAACAACGAUGGAAACAUCAAGUUUUAUAUCAUUAAAGACUUUGAUACAACUCCUCUUGAAUCGGGAGGUGAAACCAAGUUUAGUGAUGUGAUCGACGCGUCAACGGUAUGGCAAACGGAUGUCAUAUCACAACUGUCCAAAAUGAAUAUCCUAUUCUGGUUGGGCGGUCCACAGUUCAAUACAAAUGAUCGCAAUCUUAUUGGCAUAAACUCUGCAAAUCAAGACGGCAUUGAUAUGUUAAAGGGUUGGGAGUUCAUACCUGUCACUAACGUCGGUACUGGCAAUGACAGUGCAAAUCACUUGUCUUUUACUGGUCCUCCAAAUGAAAUCAACAUAAAUCUGUAUAAACACGAACCAAACAAAGAAAAGUAUGGUUUGAUGACAUUAUUUGCAAAGUUUCCACAGGAAUCACUUGAGAAGCUAAUCCAAGCCAUUAUACAACUGCCAUCUCAGCCACGACUUCUAAUCUUCUAUUUAGAAUUGUCAGCAAAGCCGGUAUCAGAAGGUGAGCCAAACUCUGAGUUUAAAUUACAUGUCUUUGAGGCUAAAAAUAAAACAUACGGCGAUUCAAAGCCUGAGCUCGAAUGGGAACAUCAGAAGGGAGACGACAAAUGCUUUAUCUAUGAAUCGGUUAACGCCAGCGCUCUGUUGACCGACAAAUACACUGAAAGUGGAGGAAAAUCUGAAUUCAAAUUCAUUCAAUUCUCAGGCAAUGAAUUCAAGAUCAAGAAAGUCAUUGCCGACAACAAACAAGUGUAUAAAGAUAUUAGUGAAGUUACUGGCGGUUCAAUUCACAAGUUGUUUCACUGUCCGGAACUAAUAACAACAACAACGUCUACUACGAAAAGUAGUGAUAAAGUACCAACCGGUCAAACUGGUGGACCACAUGAUGGCACUACAAAAGAGCCAAAAGAGAAAAAGAGCUCAUCCUUGUGGUGGAUCAUCAUUAUUAUUGUCAUAAUAAUAAUAAUAAUAAUUGUGUUGAUCCUAUGUUUGGCGUACUGUUUCGUACCAUGUUUUAGGGAUAGGGUUAAAGAGUGGAGAUAUCCAGAAAAUAGAAGAACACAACCAGGAAUGCCUAUAAGAUUCAUCAAAAAAAGUAAUUUACAAACAAACCCAUCCACACAACCAACUGAGCAAUCAUCAGGUAAAGAGCCGACAACGGUUAGGUCGGAUCUCGACACCACUGACACCAAAAGCUAAAUAUUACAACAUUUA